CUGCCCCGAGGGAAGUUUGCAUUCCCAGUAAGGAAGAGACAGACAAUGAAUGAAAUAGAUAGGCAAAAAUGCAUCAUAUUUAAGAUGGUGAAAAGUGAUAUGGAGGAAAAUAAAAACAAAAGGGAAGAGGCAUAGGGAGUAGUAGUGGGGGGCUUUGUAAUUUUAAUAGGGUGGUCCUAGACGGUCUCUGUAAGGUAACAUUUGAGCCUUGGAGGAGGUGAAGGAGUGAGCCAUGAUGUCAUCUGGGGGGAGAGCAUUCCAGGCAGAGGGAACAGCAAGUGCAAAGGCCCUGAGGUGGGGGCAUGCCUGGGAUGUUUCAGGGAUUUCAAAGUGCCUGGAGGAUGUAGCCGGAGCAGAUAAAACAAGAGGAAGAGCUGGCGGAUGGGGUCAAAGGGGAACAUGAGGUGGGCCAGAUCCUAGGGGGCCUUUCCAGUCAUGGUAAGGACUUUAGCUUUUCCCCUGAGGAAGGUGGGAGCCAUGGGGAGUUGUGAUCAGAGGGGAAGACAGGAUCUGACUUAGGAUGUAACAGGACUUAAAUGAGUUGCUCUACUGAGGUGCCAGUAGAAUGUCCUAGGGCAAGCCAGAGGAGGCAGUCUGAACACUGGGCUGCUCCUGCGGGAUUCCAGGUAAGACCCAGGAUAGGCUGGGCCCACCUUGUGGCAGCAAAGGAAGAUGGAUCUGAGGUCAGAUCUAACAGGAUCAGGAUGUGGGCAUGACACAGAGAGGAGUGGAAGUUGACUGUUAGAGUUUGGGAUUUACCAACUGCAAUGAGUGAAGAAGACAGAACCUUCGGUUUUGGUCCAGGAACCAGGAAACUUGGAUUCAUGUCUCAGCUGUCACCCGCUUGCUCAGCGACCUUGGGCAAAUCUCUUCCUCUCUCAGGGCUCGGUGUCUUCUCCUAUAAAAUGGAUGCGGUCCCAGUCAUUCUGGCCUCCCCCUGCCAGCCCCUGUGCUUUGAGGAGGACACGUGCCUCAUAUACCUGCCGCCCCUUCUCGUCCACAGGGAGCCAGCACCGGCAGCCACCAUGGCAUCACGCAUAGGGCUGCGCAUGCAGCUCAUGCGGGAGCAGGCGCAGCAGGAGGAACAGCGGGAGCGCAUGCAGCAACAGGCUGUCAUGCAUUGCAUGCAGCAGCAGCAACAGCAGCAGCUCGGGGGGCCGCCCACCCCGGCCAUCAACACCCCCGUCCACUUCCAGUCGCCACCACCUGUGCCUGGGGAGGUGUUGAAGGUGCAGUCCUACCUGGAGAAUCCCACAUCCUACCAUCUGCAGCAGUCGCAGCAUCAGAAGGUGCGGGAGUACCUGUCUGAGACCUACGGGAACAAGUUUGCUGCCCACAUCAGCCCGGCCCAGGGCUCUCCGAAGCCCCCACCAGCCGCCUCCCCAGGGGUGCGAGCUGGACACGUGCUGUCCUCCUCUGCUGGCAACAGUGCUCCCAAUAGCCCCAUGGCCAUGCUGCACAUUGGCUCCAACCCUGAGAGGGAGUUUGAUGAUGUCAUUGACAACAUUAUGCGUCUGGACGAUGUCCUUGGCUACAUCAAUCCUGAAAUGCAGAUGCCCAACACGCUACCCCUGUCCAGCAGCCACCUGAAUGUGUAUAGCAGCGACCCCCAGGUCACAGCCUCCCUGGUGGGCGUCACCAGCAGCUCCUGCCCUGCGGACCUGACCCAGAAGCGAGAGCUCACAGAUGCUGAGAGCAGGGCCCUGGCCAAGGAGCGGCAGAAGAAAGACAAUCACAACUUAAUUGAAAGGAGACGAAGGUUCAACAUCAACGACCGCAUCAAGGAGUUGGGAAUGCUGAUCCCCAAGGCCAAUGACCUGGAUGUGCGCUGGAACAAGGGCACCAUCCUCAAGGCCUCUGUGGAUUACAUCCGGAGGAUGCAGAAGGACCUGCAAAAGUCCAGGGAGCUGGAGAACCACUCUCGCCGCCUGGAGAUGACCAACAAGCAGCUCUGGCUCCGUAUCCAGGAGCUGGAGAUGCAGGCUCGAGUGCACGGCCUCCCUACCACCUCCCCGUCCGGCAUGAACAUGGCCGAGCUGGCCCAGCAGGUGGUGAAGCAGGAGCUGCCUAGUGAAGAGGGCCCAGGGGAGGCCCUGAUGCUGGGGGCUGAGGUCCCUGACCCUGAGCCACUGCCAGCUCUGCCCCCGCAAGCCCCGCUGCCCCUGCCUACCCAGCCACCGUCCCCAUUCCAUCACCUGGACUUCAGCCACAGCCUGAGCUUUGGGGGCAGGGAGGACGAGGGUCCCCCGGGCUACCCCGAACCCCUGGCGCCGGAGCAUGGCUCCCCAUUCCCCAGCCUGUCCAAGAAGGAUCUGGACCUCAUGCUCCUGGACGACUCACUGCUACCGCUGGCUUCUGAUCCACUUCUGUCCACCAUGUCCCCCGAGGCCUCCAAGGCCAGCAGCCGCCGGAGCAGCUUCAGCAUGGAGGAGGGCGAUGUGCUGUGACCCUGGCCGCCCCUGUGCCAGGGAACAGGGGCCGGCCUGGGGGCUGGAAGGGCCGGGGGCAGCUCCCUCCCGCUCUUUAGGCUGCACUGUGUGUGAAGUAGCCACCUGCCCUGCCUCCCUCGUCCCCGUUGGCCCCUGUUUGGACUUAGUGCCUGUCUGGCAGCCUGUGGGGUCAGGAGAAGCACCCCCAGGGCAGCCCUCUUGACCGGCCCAGUGGGAAGAGGCCUUCGGCCCCUCUCCCGGAGAUGGAAUCGCAGGGCAGGGAGGGGCAGGGUGUUCUAGAGGUGAUAAGAGGGCCUGGUGGAGAUGCCCUGUCUUCUGAGCCCGACCCCCUCAUUACCAGUGAAGGACAUGCUUGAGGGGUUCGGGAAGCUCCUCAUCUGAGGCAACUGGUCCUGGGGGUGCCCAGGCCUGCCUUUUUGGGACUCAGAUGGCAGGAGGUCCACCCCACAGCCUGGUCCUCGGCUCUCCCACAGGUGGGCACCCCCCACUUUGGUGCUAACAGCUCUCCACCAGGUGGUGUGAGCGCGGGGGCUGCCAGAAGCGGGAGGGGUCACCGCCGGAAGAGCAGCUGCCUUCCGACCCCCUACUUUGUGCCUUUAGUAAACACUGUGCUUUGUA